CGCGCGCGCGCGCGUGCCUGCCGCAUGGCCAAGGAGGAGCCGCCGGCGAGCGAGGGUGGCAUGGGCGCGAACACGGCGCCGGCCGAACGCGGCCAGACGGAGCCGCUUCAUCAGAUCCGUCUGGAGCGCGUGCUGGGCGUUACGGUCAACAGCAAUGCGGCCGUCGACGUGUCGCCGUCGGAGGGCCUGGUGGCCUACCCGGCUGGGUGCACGGUGGUGCUGUACAACCCGAAGAAGAACAAGCAGACGCACAUCCUGAACACAUCCAAGAAGUCGAUCACGUCGCUGCGGUUCUCGGCCGACGGCCGGUACCUGGUGACGGGAGAGUGCGGCCACCAGCCGGCCGUGCGCGUCUGGAACGUCCAGGACAAGACUCUGUUGCAGGAGUUCCUCGUGCACAAAUACGGCAUCACCUGCGUGGGUUUCUCGCCUGGCAACAAGUAUGUGGUGUCGGUGGGCUUCCAGCACGACAUGAUCGUCAACGUGUGGGACUGGCAGCGCAACGUGAAGGUGGCCUCGAACAAGGUCAGCUCGCGGGUCAAGGCCGUCUCCUUCGCCGAGAACGGCAGCUACUUCGUCACCGUCGGCAACCGGCACGUCAAGUUCUGGUACCUCGAGCUCUCCAGGUCUUCCAAGUUCAAGGAGGCGAUGCCACUGACGGGCCGCUCAGCCAUCCUCGGUGAGCAGCGCAACAACUACUUCUGCGACGUGGCGUGCGGCCGCGGCGAGAUGGGCGACUCGACGUACGCCAUCACCCGGUCCGGCCUGCUCUGCGAGUUCAACAACCGCCGCCUGCUCGACAAAUGGGUGGAGCUGCGGACGCAGACGGCCAACUGCAUGGCGGCCGGCGAGCAGCUGAUCUUCAUCGGCUGCGCGGACGGCAUCGUGCGCUGUUUCUCGCCGCACACGCUGCAGUUCGUCACCACGCUGCCGCGCACCCACUACCUGGGCGUGGACCUGGCCCGGGGACUGGCCAUCAGCCACAUGGCGGCGCACCCGGCCGGCAGCCGGUACCCGGACUGCGUCGGCGUGACCUACGACGAGACGGCGCACAAGGUCACCUGCUUCUACAACGAUCACUCCGUCUACGUGUGGGACGUGCGCGACAUCGGCAAGGUGGGCAAGUCGCACUCGUUCCUGUACCACUCUGCCUGCAUCUGGGGCGUCGAGACGUACCCGCAGGUGGACGGCCUGAAGUCGGUGCUGCCGCCGGGCUCCUUCAUCACCUGCUCGUCGGACGACACCAUCCGCAUCUGGAACCUCGACCCCAGCAUGCCCAACAACACCGUGUACAAGCGCAACAUCUACAGCAACGACCUUCUGAAGAUCCUGUACAUCGACCCGUCGCUGCAGUACCUGAAGGACGUGGACCAGGGCUCGCGGGAGAACAGCGACAAGACCGACCCCAGCUACGACUGCAAGAACGGCGUGCGCUGCAUCAAAAUAUCGCCCGACGGCAAACAACUGGCCUCGGGGGACCGGCAGGGAAACAUCAGGGUACACGAGCUGCAGUUCAUGGACGAGCUGUGCAAGAUCGAGGCACACGACGCCGAAGUGCUCUGCCUGGAGUUCAGCCGGCCCGAGUCUGGCUGGCGACUGCUGUCGUCCGCCUCCCGCGACCGGCUCAUCCACCUGUUCAACGCCGACCAGGAGUACCAGUUCCUGCAGACGCUGGACGACCACAGCUCGUCGAUCACGGCCGUGCGCUUCUUCCAGAACCAGGAGCGCCUCUUCAUGGUCAGCUGCGGCGCCGACAAGUCCGUCAUCUUCCGGCAGGCGGGCCUGAGCGCCGAGCGCCAGCUGCAGUUCUCGCGGAGCCACAACGUCGUGGGCAAGACGACCCUGUACGACAUGGAGGUGGACCACUCGCAACGGCACAUCCUCACCGCCUGCCAGGACCGCAACAUCCGCGUUUACAACGUCGCCAACGGCAAGCACAGCAAGACGUUCAAGGGCAGCAUCGCCGACGACGGCACCCUCAUCAAGCUGUCGAUGGACCAGUCGGGCAUCUACGUGGCCACGUCCUGCACGGACAAGACCCUGUACGUGUACGACUAUUACUCAGGCGACUGCAUGGCGUCCAUGUUCGGCCACAGUGAGCUCGUCACCGGCCUCAGGUUCACGGACGACUGCAAGCACCUGAUCACGGUGUCGGGAGACGGGUGUGUGUUCGUGUGGCGCGUGCCGCACGACAUGGCGCAGACGAUGCAGGCGCGGCUGCAGCAGCAGGCGCGCCGCAGCCGGCGCCGCCAGACGCUCUCGGCGCCGCCGGCCGACACGGACGCCGCCGGCAGUCCGGAGGAGGGCCUGUACGACAGCAACGCCAACGAGCGCGACGAUCCGGACUACAGGUUCAGCGUCGGCGGGCUGCCUCAGUGGGCCAAGCGGAAGGUGACCGAGACGUCGCCGUCGCCCACCAAUGAGCGGACCGUCGACUUCCCCAAGGGCCGCUGGGCGCAGCGCAUCGACUCGGCCGGCAUGACCGUCAAGUCCAUCUACGACCGCGACAGCGUCAUCCCCUUCCCGGCUCAGGACCGGCGGAGAGGCGGGCCGGCCGACUCUGAGGGCUCCAAGGACAGUUCCCUGGAGGACUCUGCCACGAUCGGCGGCAAGGAGCCGCUCUCCCGCCCGCGCAUCAAGGAUAACGGGUUCGCCCCGAACGCCCAGAGCCUGCGCGAGAUACUGGGCAACCGCAACAACCAGCGGCUGUCGCGCGGCUCGCGAAGGCCGGAGCUGAUCGAUGCUCGGAACCGGCCGCUGACGGACGACUCGUCGGACCUCGGCAGCUACCGGCCCGACGACGGCACGACCGACCACGACGGCGACAUCGACGACUACAGCGAGCCCGAGUCGACCGAGAACGAGGCGACCGAGGCGCCCAUGUACUACCCGCAGCCGACCGUCGACGACACCGCCAGCAGCCCGUUUACGGUGAACGCCAUGGACCAGGAGGAGCUGCGCCGGUCGGUGCGGCGCUCGCGGCGGCAGCGGCCGGCGCAGCUGACGCUGGCGCCGCUGGUGGCCGCCUCGUCCGACGCCGGCACGGCCACGCAGGAGGAGACGGACUCGGCCGACACAGACGGCCAGCAGCGGCUCGGCGGCCUCGCCGUCUCGGCCAGCAUGGAGAGCCUGGACAAAGUGGGCCAACGCGAGCAGUUCCUGGCCAAAAAUUUCGAGUCAUUAGACGUAGGGGACGAGUCAAAUGAAGGCACUGGCGAGUCACCCAACGGGAAGAACAGCAUCUCCAGCAAGUUCCUGGGCCGCAGCUACCAAGCCAACAUCGCCCGCUCGCAGGAGAGCCUCAAAAAGCGCGAGGAGCUGCAGCGACGCAUCCAGGAGACGCGGCGGAAACUGCAGGGCAUCGGCCACAAGUCGGGCCUGAAGUCGAGCCAGAGCAUCGCCGACCUGAGCUUCCGCGGCCUGUCACAGGGCGGCGCCAGUGCGCCGGUCGCCGAGCGCGGGCGCCGAGCACGCACGGUUUCGGGCGACUCAUCCGACCUGGAGCGGGAGCUGGGCGGUGGCCUGCGCCGCGCCGUCUCGCUCAGCGACCUGACAGACGCCAACACGCCGCGCCGCGUCCUGCCCGCCACGCCCGCCGUGUCCGGCAAAAAGGCGCCCUCCAAGAAGCAGCCGCGCCCCAGCUCGGCCAUGGCACGCAGCUCCUCCAUGAACCUGCUGCACCAGACGGACAGCGAUAGCGGUUUGAGCCGGUCGUCGCGGACGAUCGGCAGCCCGAUGCGGCCCACCAUCGCCUCGCUCAACAAGCAGAAGUCGCCAGCGGCCGCACCCUCCUACCGACGCAGUCUGUCUGGCGCCGUCAGCGUCGGCGACAUGCGCGCGCUGGACGCCGACUCCAGCUCGGAGGACAUGCUGUCGCCGACCGAGUCGCACAGCCAGACGGUGCUCUUCAAGGGCCGCUCACUGAGCAACGAGCGCUCAGCUGUCAGCCGGCUGAAGGCGGGCGCCGGCGGCCGGCCGGCCAGCGCCGACCGCGACCUCGGCAAGGCGGCGCGUGACGUCACCAGCCGGCUGACGGCCACCGUCACCAAGACCCGGCAGCAGACCGUCACCAAGCGCUCCACAGUCACGCUCAAGGGGUACGACGUCCGGGAGUCGAGCCCGGAGACGGACUGGGACGGCGUGCCGCGCUGCGACCCGACCCAGCUGGAGCUUGACGUCGGCGCCCUGCCCCUGACUCGGGAAGUGUGCGAGGCGGCGCUGUCGUCGCUGCAGCGGAGCGCCGACCACGUGCUGCAGCUGGCGCGUCGGCUGACCGACGAGCGGCCCGAGUCGGCGGCCGACCUUCCGCGCCUGCUACGCUCCGGCGUCGGCCAGUCCCUGGCCACGCUGCGGCCGCUAAUGGGUUCCGCGCUGCUGCCGCCGCCGCCACCGCCGCCGCUGCCGCUCUCGAAGGCGGCUGGCGGGGGCAGCCUUCCCGAGCUGAUGGGCGGCCAGGCGACCAACCCGGUCAUGGCGCAGAUGAUGCAGCAGUGCUCGGACCUGCUCAACAUGAUGCAGCAGCGCAUGCAGCCGCCCGGCUAG